UAUUGGACGUUUAGGUGAGAAGGUAUAACUUGAUGUUUAAGGCAAGCUUGUGCAGGCGCCUCGGAACCUGUCCAGCAAUUUCACAGUGCACAGCGUCUGAGAAAACCGCACUCUCCACACGCCCAGCUCUUGCCUCCUCCUUCAUCUUAAGCAUGCGGAGGGUAUGAGGGGAGGAGGUCCCAUCUUCCACGCCUGACCCAGCCUAUACGGCCCUGUAAGCUUUAUUACAUGUCCGUGCCAUUCAUCCAAAAGCAGUACACUUUCUACACAAAAACCGACAAAUCUGUGGCCGACUUGGUUCUCUUUCGUUCAUUGGCAUAGGGGUAUCACAAGCGCCAACAUGAGGAGCAGAGACGGUGCCCUUCUGGCGUAAAAAUGUCACGUCUCUGGAGUUAUAAUGCAUCUGAUAAUGAAAGUUGCUUCAUUCUCGAGCUCUACUGGCGUUACUUAUGGUGAAUUUCUGCAAUUGGAGGCGAGUUUUCAUCUGGGUUGUCCUUAAAUGUCUUGAGUUGUUUCUGGGAAGCUUCUAUAUUUGGUUCUUCUUCUUUGUCCUACUCUGUUAUUGGGUAAAAAAGUCUUCGACUUUUUUUUGGGGGGGGGGGGGGGGGGGGGGGGCGCUUCUGUAUGCAAAAUCUGGUGUUAGUCGGAGUUCUGGGCGCAAUCUAUCUUCAUGGUUGAUUGCCUUUCUUGAACUUGGAGAUCUGCUCGAUUAGUUUAAUUUUAAUUCCCUUGAAACGUGUAGUCGUUAAUGCUGGCGCCUGGCGGAGUUGGUUCAUCUGUUCUACAGAGGGAGAGAAUCCAGUUGGUUUAUUUAUUUACCUUGAGUUUCUCCCUCUAAUUAAUCCUGGGUUUUCCUUCAAAAUGAGUAUUUAGCUAGUUUCCAUCUGGUGCCAUUCCAUGGCAUUUGUGUAUUCAUUCGUUUAUAGAAGAAAAGCUCAGUUACCAUCUUCAAGUUUUUUCUUCUCAGUAUCCAGAUAAAACCCUCAGCAUAUGUAUUUUUUUCAUUUAUUAGCAGUUUGGUUGAGCUGAAUUAGUGUAGAAGCAGGUGUAAUUGAUCAGAUCAAUGGAGUUUGGACUACCCUUGCUUCUCUUCCUCACUUUUCUCCCUUUAGCUUUGGCCCAGGAUUCUGUGGAUGCAACAAUUGUUGUUAAUGGGUCUAAAACACUGGCUGAAACUGAUUCUAAUUAUAUCUGUGCUACUAUUGAUUGGUGGCCCUCUGACAAGUGUAACUAUAAUCGAUGUCCGUGGGGAAACUCAUCAGCAAUAAAUUUGGACUUGUCUCACCCUUUCUUGGCCAAGGCAAUCAAAGCAUUCGAAAGCUUGAGGAUAAGAGUUGGAGGUUCUUUGCAAGACCAAGUAUUGUAUGAUGUAGGAACUUUAAAGUUUCCUUGCCAUCCAUUCAGAAAGAUGAAAGAUGGAUUGUUUGGGUUUUCAAAGGGAUGCUUACACACGAAUAGGUGGGAUGCGCUGAACCACUUAUUCAAUCAGACAGGAGCAAUUGUGACAUUUGGCUUGAACGCACUUAAUGGGAGGCAAAAGUCCAAAAGGAGUGUUUGGACAGGACCCUGGGAUCCAAGUAAUGCUCAUAACUUCAUAAAUUACACUGUUGCCAAGGGAUAUAAGAUAGAUUCAUGGGAACUAGGUAAUGAGUUGAGUGGAAGUGGGGUUGGUGCAAGUGUUCAUGCCGAACAAUAUGGGAAGGACUUGAUCAAGCUUAAAGGUAUUAUCAAUGAGUUGUACAACAACUCACACUCAAAACCUUCACUGAUAGCACCAGGGGGAUUCUUUGAUCAGCACUGGUUUGCUGAGCUUCUCAGAGUAUCAGGUUCCAACAUAGUCAAUGGAGUAACCCAUCAUAUAUACAAUCUUGGUGCAGGUGCUGAUCCGAAUCUUGUGCAUAAGAUAUUGGAUCCCCAUUUCUUAAAUAAGGCAUCAGAAACAUUUGGAAGUCUUGACCAGACCAUUCAAAUGGAAGGUCCUUGGGCUUCUGCUUGGGUUGGUGAAUCUGGUGGUGCCUAUAAUAGUGGUGGUCAUCUUGUGUCUGACACCUUUGUAAACAGCUUUUGGUAUUUGGAUCAGCUUGGAAUGGCAUCAAAGUACAAAACUAAAGUAUAUUGCAGACAAACUUUGAUUGGUGGGAACUAUGGUCUCCUCAACACAACCACAUUCAGUCCCAAUCCUGAUUAUUAUAGUGCAAUUCUGUGGCAUCGGCUUAUGGGGAAGGGAGUUCUGGCUAUUCAUAGCAAGACUUCACCAUUUUUACGCUCUUAUGCCCAUUGUUCGAAAGGAAGAGAAGGUGUAACUUUACUUCUGAUCAACUUGAGCAACCGGACCAGGUUCAGAAUUACUGCUCAAAAUGGUGAGAACAUCAACCUGCAUGCAGAAGGGCCAAGUAAUCACAAGGAAAGCUCUUUCGUGCGUGGUCUUAGGAGAACACUUUCAUGGGUUGGACAGAAAGCAUCAGAUGGAUCAUUAGAUAGAGAAGAGUACCACCUAACUGCUGAUGGUGGGCAACUCCGAAGUCAAACCAUUUUUCUAAAUGGUCGACCAUUGAAAACCACAGAAGAUGGCAACAUCCCAAGCUUGGAUCCAGAAUUUCGUCCCGUGCAUUCUCCUAUAUUUAUAGCUCCUUUGUCUAUUGCAUUCAUCGUCCUCCCCAAGUUUGAGGCUCCAGCUUGCUGAUGAUUCGUAUCCAUGCCCAGGUGGUGUGUUAUAUAUGUAUUUCUUAAUUGCAGAAUUGCAAGGCUUUUUGGUUGGUGUUCGUUCUAUUAUAGUGUCCUGCAGAGAAUUGUACUGAUCAUUGUAUUUAUGGUUUAUAAUUUCAAUAAUUAUUCAGUUGUAUUGAUAAUAUGAUACAUUAGGCACAAUUUCUUGAAUUCUUCUAUAUGUAAUUUUCUUGAUGGAAGUUCUUCAGUUCAUCUUGUAACCUUCCAAAUCUCACUAUAAAUCCAUUUGGCAUUUGGAUA